AUGAUUGACGUUCGCGAGAUAACAAUAGCAAAAGCACACGAUGGGUUCAAGGCUGGGAGAUUCUCCGCCAAGGACCUGGUUGGAAUAUUCCUCGAUCGUAUUGCGACAUGGGACAAGAACGGCCCACGGAUUAACUCAACAAUGGCUCUAUCAACAACAGCACUCGACGAAGCAGCUGCGCUUGAUGACUAUCUAGAAGAAAAGGGCGAAUUUAAAGGGAAGCUCCAUGGAAUUCCCGUAUUAGUAAAGGACCAAGCCGAUACUGAGGGGAUGGUUACCACAUAUGGCUCGUCAGUCGCCAAAGGGAAUGUUCCCGACGAAGAUGCUUUCGUAGUCGCAAAGCUGAAAGCAGCAGGCGCCGUGAUUCUGGGUAAGACCACACUCUCUGAAUGGGCCUCGGUGUGGUUCAGUGUGAAUAGUGCGAACAACAACGAGUUCACCAAGAACCCUUAUAAUCUCAAACACGAUGUCGGCGCAUCCUCGGGAGGCUCUGGUGCAGCUGUGGCAGCGAACUUCGCAAUCUUAGCCGUGGGCGAAGAUACUGGAGGCUCGAUCAGGGUACCGUCAUCAUUCUGUAACAUUGUCGGUCUCCGUCCGACCCCGGGACUCAUCUCUCGAACAGGCUUCUGCCCGUUGAUCAAAGUCCAAGACACUCCCGGGCCAAUGGCCAGAACUGUGACAGAUUGCGCUCUUAUGCUUGAUUGUAUGGUUGGGUUUGACCCUAAGGACGACUUCACAGGUGUUGCAGCCACUGCAGCCGCCCUAGGAUUGCCUAAAGGUGGUAGUUACGCCGCGUUCUUAACAGAUGGACUGCGGAAGAUUAAGGGGGCGAGAAUAGGUGUUAUAUGGCAGAGGUUUGGCCUGAUAUCUGACCCCUAUGGUUGUGCAGUCAAUGAAGUCGUGUUUGCGGCAAUCAAGAAGCUUCAAAAAGCUGGUACGACCUUCGUGGACAUUUCUCGUAUGGACGACCUCGACCAUUACAUGACUUACCCACUCACCUACUUACAAAGGUCUCGUAGCGAUAUCAACAGUUUUCUAGCAACAAAGCCUCAUCUCCCUCAAGACAUUGCGGACACACUACCAGAGACUUCAGAUAAACCUUACUUGAACUUCACAUGCGCCAUGGCACAUGGCCCGAAGGACCCCAAAGAAGACCCGACCUAUCUGGACAGGAUCCUACAACGUGAUGAGUUCAAGCGCAAGAUAGACUGCCUUUUUGCAUCGAUGGGGCUAGAUGCGCUCGCACUGCCAGAUGUCCGUGUCCCGCCUCCGCGAUUUGAAGAUGCCAUGACCGGUAGGUUUAACAGAGGCGGACAGGAAGACUUCCCAACCAACACAUUUCUCGCCAGCAUAAUCAGGCACCCGGCCAUCUCGGUCCCCGCCGGCUUCACCGAGAAUGGGCUCCCCGUCGGUAUGGAAUUCAUCGGCCUUGAAUAUCAAGAACAGAGUCUCCUUGAGUUAGCUUAUGGGGUAGAAAACAUUGUUAGGGCUAGAAAAUCGCCGCCUGGGCUAUGGGAGGGUAGCUGUUGUCUCAUAUGA